CAUGUGACGGGGGAUGUCCACGUCCGCCUUUGUCCCUCCUCCCGGGCCUGCCAAGCGCCCAGCAAGGAUGGGGCUUGCAGCUCUUGGCCUGCUGCUGGCGGCGGGGCUCCUGCACGGGCAGGCCUCCCCCCUGUCACGCUCCUUCGAGCUGGAUUAUGAGGAGGACUGCUUCCGCAAGGAUGGUGUUCCUUUCCGCUACAUCUCGGGCAGCAUCCACUACGCCCGUGUCCCGCGCCCUGCAUGGAGGGACCGGCUCCUCAAGAUGUACAUGAGCGGGCUGAGCGCUGUGCAGGUCUAUGUCCCCUGGAACUACCACGAGCCACGGCCGGGGGUUUAUGACUUUGGGGGGGACCGGGAUGUGGAAGCUUUCCUGGACCUAACAGCAGAGCUGGGGCUGCUGGUGAUCCUGCGGCCGGGGCCCUACAUCUGUGCGGAGUGGGAGAUGGGUGGCCUGCCCUCCUGGCUGCUGUGGAAACCGGACAUUGUGCUGCGCUCCUCCGACCCCGCCUACCUGGCAGCUGUGGACUCCUGGCUCCAUGUCCUGCUACCCAAGAUCAAGCCACGCCUAUACCAGCAUGGGGGGAACAUCAUCAGCGUACAGGUGGAGAACGAAUACGGGAGCUACUGGGCCUGUGACCAUGGGUACCUGCGGCACCUGCUGGGCUCCUUCCGGGCGCUGCUGGGGAGCGAGGUGCUGCUCUUCACCACCGAUGGCACACGGGCAGAGGAGCUGCACUGCGGCACGCUGCAGGGGCUCUACGCCACCGUCGACUUUGGGCCAGGCUCCAAUGUGACGGAGGCAUUUGGAGCCCAGCGCUGGAUUGAGCCAAAGGGGCCCCUGGUAAACUCCGAGUACUACACAGGCUGGCUGGACUACUGGGGGGAGGCUCACGCCAGCACCAGCUCGGUGCAUGUGGCCCGGGGGCUGGAGGACAUGCUGCAGCUGGGAGCCAAUGUCAACAUGCAAGUAGUCAGCUUGGGGCACAGCCUGGGGGGGGGGGGGGGUUGCCCUCCCAUCUGCAGCACUGGAGUGACCAUUGCUGCUCACCUUCUUCCCACAGGGCUCAGCAGGCAGGGCUGGCACUGGGCACAGCAGGGCAUGGUCAGCCCCUGCUGGGUCUGUGGGAUGCUGAUGGGGCUCUCUGGGGUGUCCCGUAGGUACAUGUUCCAUGGGGGGACAAACUUUGCCUACUGGAGUGGUGCUGACUUCAAGGACCAGUACAAACCAGUGACCACCAGCUACGACUAUGAUGCCCCGCUCUCGGAGGCAGGAGACCCCACUGAGAAGCUGUUUGCCAUCCGCACGGUCAUCAGCAAGUUUCAGCCCCUGCCAGCCGGCCCGAUGCCACCUGCCACCCCCAAGUAUGCAUAUGGCUGGGUGGCCCUGCAGAAGCAUGCUGACCUCCUGGAUGCCUUGGAUGUGCUGUGCCCCUUCGGGCCCAUCCGGAGCCGGUUCCCGCUCACCUUUGAGGCCAUAAAGCAGGCCCAUGGAUUUGUGGUGUACCGCACACAGCUGCCCCAGGAUGUCCCGGAGCCAGCCACGCUGGGCGCUCCUCCCCACAGCAUCUGUGACCGUGGCUACGUGAUGCUGCAGAAGGAGUACUGUGGGACACUGGAGAGGGAUGGGCAGACAACACUUCGUGUGAUGGGGAAAAGAGGGGACACCCUGGAUGUGCUCCUGGAGGACAUGGGCAGGAUCAGCUUCGGGGCCAACACCAGUGACUUCAAGGGCUUGCUGGGGAACCUCUCUUUGGACUCCAGCCCUCUCAGCAACUGGCUGAUCUAUCCCCUGGACAUAGACACUGCUGUCCAACAGGGCUGGCCCCAUGCUGCCCUGCCAAAAUCAAGCAGAAGGGGUAGAGCAGGGCCAGCCUUUUACACUGGGACCUUUGAGACCCCUGGCAUCGCCUGGGACACCUUUGUGAAGUUCCCAGGUUGGAGCAAGGGCCAGCUGUGGAUAAAUGGCUUCAACCUGGGCCGGUACUGGCCCCGCCGUGGGCCCCAGCAGACCCUCUUUGUACCAGGCUCAGUACUGCACGUUGGCCGCCCCAACAACAUCACGGUGCUGGAGCUGGAGGGUGCACCCUCCACUCCUCUCUUGCUCUUUCUAGACCGACCCCUUUUCAACAGGACCCUCAGCCACAGCACUGGAGCCACAGAAUAAACACUAGGCUGCCAGGCA